AUGGAGCUACCAGAGGAAGGCUCCUAUGUCAUCAAUAGCUUCUGCCUCAUCCAGAAGAGCUUCCUGGAUGCAGUAUUUCUGCGCUGGAAGUACUCCCGGACCCAGAUGUUCCGCCGCCUCAGCCAGGCCUUAGGUGUUUUACCUUCCUCCCGUAGGCAGCCUCACAGUGUCAUCUGUGAACUUGAUGAUGCUAUCGCCUUCAUGCUUUGCUACACAAUCAUAGGAUUCACAGCUGCUGCCUCUUUGGUUUCUUUGGCUUGGGCUUUGGCAUCCUACCAGAAGGCUCUUCGUGACUCCAGAGAUGACAAAAAACCCAUUAGCUACCUGGCAGUCAUCAUUCAGUUCUGCUGGCACUUCUUCACAAUCGCUGCUCGCGUCAUCACAUUUGCACUCUUUGCCUCAGUAUUUCAGCUCUAUUUUGGCAUCUUCAUCGUUCUGCACUGGUGCAUCAUGACCUUCUGGAUUGUCCACUGCGAGACUGAAUUCUGCAUCACAAAAUGGGAGGAGAUUGUUUUCGAUAUGGUCGUGGGGAUCAUCUAUAUUUUUAGUUGGUUUAAUGUCAAGGAGGGAAGGACCCGUUGCCGGUUAUUCAUCUACUACUUUGUGAUACUUUUGGAAAAUACUGCUUUAAGCGCCCUCUGGUACUUGUACCGGGUUCCCCAUAGCACAGAUUCAUUUGCCAUCCCUGCACUCUGUGUCAUCUUUAGCAGUUUCCUGACUGGAAUAGUUUUCAUGCUUAUGUACUAUGCCUUUUUUCAUCCCAAUGGACCCAAGUUUGGGCAGUCACCAAGCUGUACACUCGAGGACCCAUCCACCACCUUUACCUUACCCCCGGAAGCUGCAGCUAAUGCACUGAGGGCUGUUUCGCAAAAUCGGGGGGCACCGGUGAUGGCCGAGAGGGACCCUAAAUACACUGAGAGAGACGGCUGUGUUCCUGUCUUUCAGGUGAGGCCCACCGCUCCCUCAACCCCUUCCUCUCGCACACCACGGAUAGAGGAAACAGUUAUUAAAAUAGACCUGUUCAGGAACAGAUAUCCAGCAUGGGAGAGGCAUGUGUUGGACAGAAGUAUACGUAAGGCCAUCUUGGCCUUUGAAUGUUCGCCUGCACCUCCACGAUUACAGUAUAAAGACGAUGCUCUUGUGCAAGAGCGCCUGGAGUAUGAGACAACACUGUAGCUCCAGGGACAAAUUGAAAACUAACAGGGCAUCUAAAGAGGGGGCAGCAGGACGGUGGCAAUAAGAAUCACAGUAGAUCUCUACUUUCAGCGAGGCAAUCCGUGAUGUUGAUUGUCAUGGACCCAAGUUGUGGCACCACAUACAGUAGCAUCCAUUUUGGAAAUUUUAUUUUGGAAACUUUGCUCAGUUUGGUUCUUUUUGAAGUGGAAGAGUGAUGGCCUGGCAGGGACAAAUAUUCAGUAAAAGUCUUAUUGGUUUUAAAGGAACAUCUGAUAUUCAUGAAAAUGUGAACAAAGUUUUCAGUCUGUCCUCACAAAGACAAAUUGGCCAAGUCCCUGGUGAUCGCCAAGCUCACAGUUAAAAAGAUGAGGCCAUCUUUCUUUAAGGGUUAAACACAAUUUAUUCUAAUGAUUUUGCCUCCCAGAUUCAUGUGGUGCCCAGUUACCAGGCUUGCUAGGUCAUUUUGAACACUGCAUUGAACUUGUUCUUUGUCUACAUAAUGCAGGCUAUAGGUGAGGUCUGCACAACGUUAUUAAAUAUCCUCAAAAAACAAUAUUAAAAAUUACUCAUUUCAAAUAUACAGAAACAGCCACGAGAAAACAGUAGGUUUCAUUGUGAAACUAGUGGGGGACCAAAUUCAGAUUUGCUAAAGAUUCAUGCUGACCACAAGCUAGCUACUUCUCCUUCAAGCCUCAUAAUGCUGGCCUAUGUGUGUGACUAAAUACGCUAAUGGCCAAGCCCUUCUAGUGCCAAAUGUUCUGUAACUGAAGGACCUUUCUAGACUUUGCAUUAUCAAAGGGUGCCAGCGGUGAGAGCAAUCAGGACACUGAAGUGUGCAUGUUGGAAUAUACCUUUUACUUGAAUUUCGGGGGCCAUGUUAGAAAUCCUGAAGAGAUGCUGCUCAAAAAAAAAAAACACCUCUUUCAACAGGCUCAGAUACGUUCCGAUGUUUCAUCUACAGGAGGAGAGGGAUGAAAUGGAAGAACACUUUGGCAGCUUGGAUACACAACCUCAUUUGUCAGUGUUGCAGCAUUUAUUGGGAGUAAAGUCAUCAAAUUUGGCUUUCUGGGAUCACAGAAAUAUUGCCCAUGGAUCAGUUAAAGAUGCAUCAUUCCUUUUCAGUGGAAUUAUUUGGCCAUUUGUUUUAAGUUUCACACUGAUACUGUAUCAGUAAACAUUUCAGGAGGGGAACAAGAAUUGUUUAUUUUGGAUUUUUUUUUUUAACUUAACUGCUAAUCCUAUAUAAAUUAUGCAUAUUCAGAGCACACACAAUUGUUGUGUUGCUCUGCUCAACAACGUUAACAUUAUAGGGCUGAAACCACUUGCCAUAGUGCAACUGCCUGCGACGAUUACUGCUAAAUGCAGCCACCUUCCCCUCCAGAGUGGAUCAUAUUCUUGGAAGAACAGGAUUGAAUAAUUCAGUAGGACGGUGAGCAACUCAGAGUCAUUUCUCAAAAAUAUCACAUUUGGGUCCUGUUUGUACUUAAUAGCAUUUUUGUAACGAAUGCUGCAUCUUUAUAUUUAGGAAUGAAUUCUGCAAACGGACAACAGGCGAUCCUUCAGGUUGAGUUUUGAAUUCACAUCUGUUAUCUCUAAGCAAGAUGCAAAAAAACAAACAACACCUACACAAAAUGGAAGAUUGCAAGCACAACAUGUCAGCAAGAAGAGUCACAACACAGCAGACCCUGUGUUUAAGAGCUAAUUAUGUUAAGUCUGGGAGGCAAAGUAGGGCAAAGAGCCAUUUUAUAAAGUUUAAAGAGAGGCGAGAAAUGUGACCAACGGCCCUCCUCAAAUAAUUUGAAUACUUGCUCAACUUGAAGGGGUUGGAUAGCAGACACAGUGUAUACUUUAGUCACCAAAUCAAAACACAGAAAUGUCAGUGCUACUGUGCUUUGCUUUUGGCCCUUUUUAAUUAGUAAAAUACAGUAGAUACGUAUAUCCAACUAGAAAUGUUUACGAUUUUAUAAGGGUGCUGGCAGGACUUCAUCUGUGUUUAUCCAGUGACUUAGCAUGACAAGCAAUGUAAUGCAUAUCUGCAAAUUUUGUAAGGCCUCCUUUAUAUUGUUGUGUUUGGUUUCUAGCACUCGUUGAUUAAAAAUUGUCUGUGUUUGAACAUUAGAAAUAAAACGGUCGUGGGUCAUCCGUUCACACUUGUUUUCCGUAUGAUUGUUUGAGCGUUUUCGAAAGAUGAUCAGAGGUCUCUGCAUUUCAUUCAAACUUUGUUACUGAGUUUUUAGGGUACCAAUACAUUACAAUACAACAGUAUAUCAUUAGAUUCAUAUACAAUAUUAUUUUUUAAAUUUUUGAUCUUUUCAGUUCUUCCCCUUCCACUUAGGACCAGAAAAAGAUAUACUGUAUUAGAACAUGAGAACUUAAGAAACUUGACAAAUGAGUAGAGGCCAUUCAGUCCAUCAGGCUCGUUUGUUUAGCUAAUAGCUAAGCUGUACCAGUACUGAAUGGUCUCAUGUUAUAUUGGAAUACAGUAAGUACAAAGAAAGGUUCUAAGACCUUCAUUGUUCUGGGGUUUGAAAAUGAAGUGUUAUACACAAAAAAGCUCCUGUAUUUUGUAGAAUAAAUGGACAGAUCCCUGUGGAGUAAAUCCGUUUUAUCAUUUUCAAAAAACACAACCCUUAUCCACUGUGAAGUGGAGGGCG